AUGCAGGAGGCGAAGAAACACGCCACGACGGAGAGAGAGCCAUACAGGCCCAAAGGAAACACGCCACGACGGAGAGAGAGCCAUACAGGCCCAAAGGAAACACGCCACGACGGAGAGAGAGCCAUACAGGCCCAAAGGAAACACGCCACGACAGAGAGAGCCAUACAGGCCCAAAGGAAACACGCCACGACGGAGAGAGCCAUACAGGCCCAAAGGAAAUACGCCACGACAGAGAGAGCCAUACAGGCCCAAAGGAAACACGCCACGACGGAGAGAGAGCCAUACAGGCCCAAAGCAAAACACGCCACGACGGAGAGAGAGCCAUACAGGCCCAAAGCAAACACGCCACGACGGAGAGAGAGCCAUACAGGCCCAAAGGAAACACGCCACGACAGAGAGAGCCAUACAGGCCCAAAGCAAACACGCCACGACGGAGAGAGAGCCAUACAGGCCCAAAGGAAACACGCCACGACGGAGAGAGAGCCAUACAGGCCCAAAGCAAACACGCCACGACGGAGAGAGAGCCAUACAGGCCCAAAGCAAACACGCCACGACGGAGAGAGAGCCAUACAGGCCCAAAGCAAACACGCCACGACAGAGAGAGCCAUACAGGCCCAAAGGAAACACGCCACGACGGAGAGAGAACCAUACAGGCCCAAAGGAAACACGCCACGACGGAGAGAGAGCCAUACAGGCCCAAAGGAAACACGCCACGACGGAGAGAGCCAUACAGGCCCAAAGGAAACACGCCACGACAGAGAGAGCCAUACAGGCCCAAAGGAAACACGCCACGACGGAGAGAGAGCCAUACAGGCCCAAAGGAAACACGCCACGACGGAGAGAGCCAUACAGGCCCAAAGGAAACACGCCACGACGGAGAGAGAGCCAUACAGGCCCAAAGCAAACACGCCACGACGGAGAGAGAGCCAUACAGGCCCAAAGCAAACACGCCACGACGGAGAGAGAGCCAUACAGGCCCAAAGGAAACACGCCACGACAGAGAGAGCCAUACAGGCCCAAAGCAAACACGCCACGACGGAGAGAGAGCCAUACAGGCCCAAAGGAAACACGCCACGACGGAGAGAGAACCAUACAGGCCCAAAGGAAACACGCCACGACGGAGAGAGAGCCAUACAGGCCCAAAGGAAACACGCCACGACAGAGAGAGAGCCAUACAGGCCCAAAGGAAACACGCCACGACGGAGAGAGAGCCAUACAGGCCCAAAGGAAACACGCCACGACGGAGAGAGAGCCAUACAGGCCCAAAGCAAACACGCCACGACAGAGAGAGCCAUACAGGCCCAAAGGAAACACGCCACGACGGAGAGAGAGCCAUACAGGCCCAAAGCAAACACGCCACGACGGAGAGAGAACCAUACAGGCCCAAAGGAAACACGCCACGACGGAGAGAGAGCCAUACAGGCCCAAAGGAAACACGCCACGACGGAGAGAGAGCCAUACAGGCCCAAAGCAAACACGCCACGACAGAGAGAGCCAUACAGGCCCAAAGCAAACACGCCACGACGGAGAGAGAGCCAUACAGGCCCAAAGGAAACACGCCACGACAGAGAGAGCCAUACAGGCCCAAAGGAAACACGCCACGACGGAGAGAGAGCCAUACAGGCCCAAAGCAAACACGCCACGACGGAGAGAGAGCCAUACAGGCCCAAAGGAAACACGCCACGACGGAGAGAGAGCCAUACAGGCCCAAAGGAAACACGCCACGACGGAGAGAGCCAUACAGGCCCAAAGGAAACACGCCACGACGGAGAGAGAGCCAUACAGGCCCAAAGGAAACUCAUUACAGAGCAUUAG